ACCACUUUGUGUUACAGCCAUUAAUUCUAAUUCUUCUUAAAUCAUUUCAAGUGUUCGAAAUAAAAUGUACAGAAUCCAGAGAAAACGGAUUUUCUAUCAUAGUAUUCCACUUAAAUUAAAUUAAAUCAAAUUAAUGUUCAUGAUCUUAUUCCUGUGCGGAUAUGAAACGCUCACUAAGAAAACAGCCAAUGAAGGCGUGCUACGUCAAAGGCUACUGUGAGCCAAUGAAUGACGCGUGGAGGCGGGACAAAAUGGCCGGAACUUCAUGUACAGUAGCUAGCUGUUGAGAGGCUAAAACUGUAAACCUGUGUCAGUUGAACAGGAAGUAGAAGUUGUUAACACUUAAUUCCAGGCGCAUUCGUUGACAUAUUGAAACCCCGUUUAUAAACACUUCUGUUAAACGUUCUGCGCCCGACGUGUCGAGAAAACAGGGUCGACAAUGGUGUGUGGCUGUUAGCUAACAGUAGCUCGAGAGCUAAUGCUAAGGGCCAGCUAACGUGUGCUAACAGGUAAACACGCUGCCUCAGACUGCGUCACACGGUCACACGCGGGGACGUGGAUGACAGACACCGCGGUGUGACGACCUCUGAUCUCGGGGCUCGAACAGCGGGGAUGAAGAAGUGGACCUGGCGGGAGGGACAGCGACCGCACCGGCGACAGGGGGCCGGUCACCGCCGCGGCUGGUGCAGAGACAACCGGCAAAGGUCUACACAGGACGAAGACUGGUAUGAUCACAGAAAUGCAGGGCCUUCAAAUAGAGCGCCACAGAGGAGGUGUGACAACCAACCUGCCCCAUCGUCUGCUUCCUCCUCAUCUCCAUCUCCAUCAUCAUCUUCAUCUUCCUCCUCCAAGUCCAGCAGUGCUGCCCCAGAGCUGCCUGGUUUCUACUUUGACUCGGAGAAAAACCGCUACUUCCGCCUGUUGCCGGGACACAACAACUGCAACCCGCUGACCAGGGAGCAGUUGCAAGGGAAAGAAAGAGAGAAACAGAGAAACAAGAUGAUCGCAGAGGAUGAAAAGCCCAAAAAAAAAGCGCCAAGAGCAGGACUGAACUCGUCAUUGCUCCUGCAGAAAAGACAACUCGGCUUGUUACCUGAGAACUCUUAUUGCAGGUUGAUCCAUGAGGUGAAGGUCAGCGGAAUGAGACGCCACAAAGUAGAGAUCAAGAGCACAGACAACAGCAACCCCAACACUGACAACUUCAGAAUUAUAGUUGGGGACUCGGCUUGUGAACGAGUGUUUACAGUUAACGAUGUCGCUCACGGAGGCUGCAAGUACGGCAUCAUGAACUUCAGCAGCAGUAGCCGGGGCUCUCUGUCGGUGGAGAUGUGUGAUAACCUCUACUUUACCAACCGCAAGGUGAAUUCCAUCUGCUGGGCCUCAGUGAACUACCCAGACUCCCAUGUAUUGCUGUGUUUGGUCGGAGUGGCAGACACCCCCGGCUGUGUCAGUUUGCUUCCUGCUUCCCUCUUCAGCAACUCCAACCCAGACCAGCCCGGGAUGCUGUGUAGCUUUAAGAUCUCCUCAGCCUGGUCUUGUGCUUGGUGUCUCAACCCACAGUUUGACAAGACCUUCAGCACUGGCCUGUCUCGUAGGGUUAUUGUGAAAGAUGCGGAGACGGGCCGAACACAGACGUUCAGCGUAGGCAGCGAUGUCUUGGCUCAGCAGUUUGCCCUCAGGGUCCCCGUGCUGUUUAACGGUUGUAGAUCGGGGGAGAUCUUCAGCAUCGACCUGCGGCAGCGCGGCCGCAGGGACCAGAGCUGGAAGGCCAGCCGCUUCCACCAAGAGUCGGCCAUCACCUCCGUCCGUGUCCUGCAGGAUGAGAACUACCUGUUGGCUGCGGACAUGCUGGGCCAGAUCAAGCUGUGGGAUGUGCGGGUGACCAAACCAGUGCAGGAGUACAAAGGGCACUAUAAUGAGCAUGCCUACCUCCCUAUUCAUGUCAAUGAACCGGAGGGGCUUUUGUUGGCAGUGGGUCAGGAUUGCUAUACGAGGUUAUGGAGCCUGAAGGACGGACACCUGCUGCGGACCAUCCCGUCACCCCACCCGGCCGCAAACGACCUGAUCCCGAGCGUGGUCUUCUCCUCCAAGUUGGGCGGCUGCAGGGGGCUGCCCGGCCUGCUCAUGGCCGUCAAACACGACCUGUACUACUUCCCGUACAACACCGACUACCAGGAGGGAGGAGAGCAGCACAGCGAUUUUUAUGAAAACACUGAAAAUGCUUCCUCUCACAGAUGAUUUCUAAAAACAAACAAGGAUACGAUAAUUUUUAUUUUUUUGCCAAAUGCACAAACAGUAUAUUCUCAUACAAGACCAAUACUUACUGUGUAACUGAAAGGCGUGUAUGCAGUGGAUUUCCACAAGGUUGUAGUGACCUUUUAAAUUGGAAGAUGACUUCAGAAAAGUUGCAUUUAUGUCUCAGGGGAAUGUUGUUUUCACAGACGUGUUUGUGCCAAAAGGAAAUAGAAGUGUACACGAUUUCUACCGUUAGACCUUACUCACGGUAACCUUUUUAUAAGAAGUGUACUUAUAUGAUGUUUCUGAUCUGAAUUUGAAAAAUAUUAUGCUGUGUUUAUACUGCAGAUUGAUGCAACUUUUUCUAAAAGCUGUCAAAAACCAUUAAACGCAGUACUUUACACUA